UGUGUACAUAUUUUAAUAUGUUAAAUUUUUGUGUACAUAUAAAUUUAUAUAAAUUCGAAUAUUAUAAUUUAUAAAUAAAUUUAUACUACCUCCGUCCCAUUCUCUUUGUCCACUUUUGAAUUUUGAAACUAUUCAUCUAAGCACUUUGGCUCAUCAAAUUCUCUCAAUGUGUAAGCCUAAAUAUAGUCAUGUGUGAUCUUGUUUGAUUUGUCUUAACAUAUAGAUUAUUAAUAUAUAAUUUCUAUAAUUUUUUAAUAUACAAAUUACAAGAUAAAAUGGAUUAAAAAAGUGCAUUGGAUGGUGUGCCAAAAGGUACGUGGACAAAAAGAGUAGGGCGGAGGGAGUUGAUAUAUUUGCUUCGAUUCGAUUCGUAUAUACCCAUACCCCCUGCACCCCCUAGAUCAAAAGAGAUGAAGACAUGUGAGGACCGACUCUACUUCAUAAAUAAAACUCUCAAAUUUUAAAUCCAAUUUUCUACUUGUAAUUUUUUUCAAAUCGAUCAUCUCGUGUGUGAAAUAAUUAACUUUAGGAAACCCAAACUAUUAAAUACUCUGUACUCCGUAAUAUUGGCAUGUUAAACCGACGUGGGAUGAGACAACUCGACACACACCCCUCACACUAGGGUACACAACUGCAUGCGCGGUCCAACCUCAAUGACCUUAAUUCUGAUAUCAUGUGAUAUUAUAGACUUGGGCCUAACUAGUAACUCACACAAGGCCUAUAUAAAUAUGCUAUGCUUAAUGACUUGUAUUCCUCCACCCUUUGUGUUAAUUUUUGAAGUUGAAUUACGCUAAACUUAGCUUUUUAGAUUUAAACCUACACUGAGAACACACCAUUAUAUUACAACGGACGGUAAUAGUAGUAGGAGGGUCUAAUCGUUCUCACAAUGGUUCCAUUUUAAGGGGUACGUAAUAAUGACAAUGUGUCCCCAUAACAACUUAAUGACUCAUUUAUGUUAUAUAUGCGUUACAGGUGUUUUGAAGAAGACAGACAGGGAGGAGACAUCGUCGUUUGCCACUUCAUAAUGACUCAUCACUGUAAUCAAACACCCUCACCAAUUCACCAUCACCCACCAUCAUCAUCAUCAUUCUAAUUAGUGUUUUGGGAUUAGGUUUCAAUUUUUUUUACUGCUUGUAGUAGAGUAAUUUAUUCAUUUGUUUAGUUAGAGCUGUAAAGAUUUUGCAGUUGUUUCAUAAUAUUAAGCCCCUGUUUCAUUUGAAUUUGUUAUUGUUAGAAAUUGCUAUUGAAUACCCGUUUUCAAACAAUUGAAAUUUUACGUGAAAACAAAUGCAAACAGAGUUGCGCGUAACGAAUAAGGAUAAGUUUAAACGACACGUGUGCCGGAAUAAGAGGCCGCCCUCUUCAGUUCUCUCUCUUUCUCAAUAACCCUCGUAAAAUUUGAUCGGUCUUAUCCGGGGGAAUCAAUCGCGAUCAGUAUGGGCGGAGGAGGAGGGAUCAAGGCGGCGGCGAAGCUCGCCGGGAUCGGCGUUGCCAACAGCGCGUACUACCGAAGCUUCACGCCGGAUCACCCGGUAUGCGCCGCUGCGCGUAAGGUCGCUCGCCCCGUCUCCAUCUUCGCGGGCUCUGACGACGGAAAGGGGCUUCCGCUCUCUGUCUCGGCGGUUGACGGGGCGGCUGUGCAGAAUCCUUGUUCGGACUUCGAUGAGUGGGAAUUUCCGGAGGUGGAGGACGGGCCGCCGCCUCGGGUCAUUUUCGCAGGCGCGCCUACUCUUCAAGAAGCCAAGGAGGCCACCUCUGACCUAAAAGAAGCAAUUGAGAAUAUGUUCUUGUCACCUGGGAACAAAUUUGGAGGUUCUAGAGCCACCGAAUCAGAUCUCGUCUCAAGUUUUAAUGGUUUGGAGACUAAAUUUUGUGUUAAUGCUGAGACAAGUGCUGUUAAGGGCUCGACACCUACAAAUGUCUUAAAGGCAUUCAAGUUACUCUAUGAAAGUUCUGAUGCCCAGAAUGUUGUUGCUUCAAUUGCUUGUGAUCCAAAUGUUAACAGAGCUGUAAUGGCCAAUCCCGAGCUGCAGAAUUUCAUCGCAUCAUACAAAAGUGCUUAUCUGGCCAGAGAGGGCAACGAUGACAUGGAUGAAUCUGUUGGGGAGAAUGGACCGUCGCCACAUGAAGCCACACCAGAUUGUGUAGAAAGUUCUAAAGGUGGUCGGGUUGCAGGUUUCUUCAAGAAUAUGAAAGUGGCUGUGAGUGAUAUGAUGAACAGCCUCUCUGGUUACAUCGAAAAGUUGUUCGGGGGCUUCAAUCUGGCGGGGGUGAACGCAGAUGGAACUGCAAAACUCAGUGGCGUUGACGUGGCAAUCGGUGCUUCGUUUUUUGGGUUGGCUGUGAUGGUGAUCAUGGUCGUUUUCCUGAAACGACCUUAAUUGCCUCAGUGCACCAAUUUGCCGAAACUAUGUUCAUUGGCUUGUCAUGAACAACUUGUUUGUUUUGAAUUCACUGUCGUGUGUUCUGAAACCAUGUUAAGAGCUUUGGGUUUCUUGUUUUAGAUUCACUCCAUUUACUAUGAGUUUAUGCACGUGCAUUAUGAACUCCCUCUGUUCUAUAGAAAAAUUUCACAUUUUCUAAAAGUUUCUCUCAAAACAAAUUACUUUUUCGUUU